UAUUAUUGUUGACGACGAGAAAGCUUUCUUGGGUUCAUAACAAUUUUGAGUUCUUUUAAAGGAUAGAAAUGUAAGAAAUACGCGCAACUUAUUUACAUUGAAGGGAAAUGUCGGCUCAGGUAGAAAAUACCGGCGUUAAGCACGCCGUGGAGAGACUUUUGGAGCUUGCUGACCGAAUGAGGCUAAUUGAUUUUGGUUUUAAUGAUAAAGACAUCAACAACAUAGAUAGAAUCAUUGAAGCUAUUCAUGAACUGGAUGAAGCUAGGCGGAAAAUACAUGACAGACUGGAAACGGAGACCAUACAUGCCAGCAUCUUACGUCACAAGCUACAAUUCUUGCCAGCCCAGAUACGUGAAGAAAUCAAAGCAGCAGUCUUGUCGGCAAGACAGUUGAAUGCUUCAGCCCAGAAUGAAAUGCAAGACAAGCUGGAUUCUAUUCAGCGAAGUAUGACAGAUCUUGCUGAUCACCAACAUGAACUGGAAAGAGAGAAUGCCAAACUGCACCCUGAACGAGAACUUAUUCGACAGAAGCAUGAGGAGAUCAUUUCACAACUAAAUGAGAGAAUGGCUGAAAAGGCCAAUAUGCAAAUUAUCUUGAAUGAGACAAGGGACAAAGUCAGACAGACAAAUCAAAGUAUUGUUGACCUAGAGGAUGGAAUUCUCCAAUUAAAGGAAGAUCUGAUACAGGAGAGGACAGAGGCCAGACAGGAGAAAAAGAAGCUUAAACGAGCAGUGACCGACACUUCAGAUAUGACAAAGGAACAGAAACAGAUCAAUGUGGAUAAGAAAAAAGAAUUAGAUGUAAUCCAUGAGAGAAUGAUGGAGAGUGAAGGGAAGCUUGAGGCUCUUAGAAAGAGUUUACGAAGGUAUGAAACCUCAAAAGCCAAGUUGGAAGGUCAGGAAAGACAGCUCAAUGCCCAGUUAGCAAAGCAACUCAAAAUGAACGAGGAAAUGAGAAGGAAAGGAACUGCCAUUAUCAAUGAAGACAUGAAAUUACAGAAGGAAUUUGAAGACAAUGAAAAACAACUUUUAAAGAAAUUGAAAAGACUUGAGACUGAAACCUCAAAGGAAAAUGCAAAAAAUGCAGAGUUAGAAGGAAGAAAACUUGAGCUCCGAAUUGAUUUGGAAGAGAAGCAAAGAGUGAGAGAAGAUGAUGCCAUUCGAGUUAGGGAAUAUGAUGAUGAGUUACAAGGGGAAAAGAAAGCAUUGGCUUUGAAGGCAGAAGAGAUGGGGCGAAUGCAGUCGGAGAAUGUCGAGAUGUCUGAUCAAAUACAGUCGCUAGAGGAGUCCCACAAAGCAGUUCUGGCACAACUGAAUAAACAGAUUGAGGGUUUCAGGGAACAGUUGGCAAAGGAAAGAAAAGAUAGUUCUGAGGAAGGCUCAAGAGCGAGUUCAAACAUGAGUCGUCCAACUGAUUCUGACUCGCAGAGCCUGAUUGAGUUCAAUCCCCGCCCACCAAGCCAGAGACAUAACUUGUUCAAGAAGAAGGCACCCAUGUCUGCAAGCUCUACAGCAUCGUCGUCCGAAAUCUCGGACUCGCCCGAGCCUGAGGGAAUGGAAGUUCAGGAGAGAAAAAAUUCUGUGCAGAAAGAUGUUGAAGAUUAUAAACUGGAGACUCAAAGAUUUUUGAAUGAAAUGAAUCAGAAAAUCAGAGAAGGAAAAGCAGCACAUAUGGAACUGACAAAUGAGGGAACCAAGUUACAGAAGGAGCUUAAAGAGGAAGAGGAAGUGAUCAAAAACCUGGACACGAAUCUGAAGAAAGCUCAGUCUCGGUACACCAUGAUGUAUGAGAGCAUGCAGGGAAAAGUGGACAAAACAGAGAAAGAAAUCAACACCUUUGAAACACAGAUAGAGGAGAAGAAGAAGUUGAUAGAGGAGAGAACACCCAUCUUUGAGGAACUGGAGAAAGUGUUUGAAGAGAGAACUAAUGCUUAUAAUGCAAUGAAAAAGAACAUAGCUAUGAUGAGGCAAAAGAAGUCCCAACUUGACGAGAACAUCAGGAAAACUAGAGAAGAGAAACAAAAAAUGGAAAUUCCAAAGAAACAACUGAAGGAAGAUCUUAAACGCAAGAGGGAAGAGACAAUGUAUCAACUGAAGAGACAAGGGGAUGAUCGCCAGAAACUGGAGCAGGAAAUCUUCACAGCUGGAUGUAAACUGAGGACCAUCAUGGAAGAGAAUCAGAAACUGGAAGAUGGUUGUCAAAAGCUGGCAGAAGAAAUACUGGAUUUGAGAAAACAGAUGGAAGAGGAUGCUGGGUUAAAACAAAAACUGGAUGAAGAGUUGGAGGCAGUCAAAGUUGGUCUUGUCAAAAGCUGGCAGACUGAUCAGGAGCUUAAUGAACUCUUCACAGCCAAAGACCAGAUUGUAGUGGAGGGAUUUUCGGAACUUCUCCACCAGACGGAGGAGAGGGAGGUCCGAAUUAACAAAAUCACCAAGCGUCUGAACGAGGAACUGAUGUACCUGUCCAAGUUCCUGGAGAACCUUGCCACCAGGCGGCCCCAGCACACACCACCACCAAGUCGAAAAUCAGGAAGCCGCGCCUCCAGUAGGCGGACCGAGGAUGGGCGUGCCAGUAGAAUUAGCCAAUCAGCUCUUCACAGUAAACUACAGGAUGUAGACACUACCAGCGCUCCUCCUAGUCGUAUAAGUACAAGACCUCCGACUCGCGCCGAUUCCAAAAUGGCCAAGACUGUAACGAUUGUUGAUGAACCAGAAGUGAAAGAAUCUUAACAUAUAAGGAGAUAUCACAGAUUAAUUACUAUUGUUAAUUAUGUAUUGUUAAAGUGAGAAUAAUAUCUAUUCUUCAAUUGAGACAGAUACUGUAAUAUUACAUGCUGCCCAGAGGAUUUAAAUUUCUGCUCAACUAUUCAUGUAUUUCUGGAGUAAUUUGACAAUUUUCUCUAUAAACCAUGCAGCUUAAAACAUAUUCCAGCCCAAGACUCUUUGUUCUUAUAGUUAAACCAUUCUUAACUGCUCAAUCAGCAGCUUAAUUCGCAUGGAAGAGAGUAAUAUCUUGUUUAGAUAUUAGAUGUACAGGGAUAAGAUUAAGCAUAGAGCACAAAUAAAACAAUUUUUUCAUUUGCAAAGGAAGUAAAUUAUAAAUAAUUUCUCAUCAAGAAUAAAUCUAAGCUUAGAUAUCCCUUUACAAAAUGAGAAUAUGAUAACAUGUUGUUUUCAGUGUAUAUUUUACUUGUUUGAUAUUUUUUGUUUGUAAUAUAAACAUUUGAUGCAUAAUAUUUUGCUUUAUUUAUUUCAAGUUACUUUAAUUAAGGGAGCAAACUCAAGCAGUUGAACUUACCACAAAUUGGCAUCAAUUUUCGUAUCUUUAAUGCUUUUAUUUAAAUAAUCCAGGCAGAAAAUUUUAAUUAUCACCAAAAGAUGUUAUAUCUGCACACUGUAUCAGUGGUUAUUUAUGUGUGGGGGAAAUUUACACCCGUUACGCAGUAAGCUUAAAUCCAUGUAUUAAAAAUACAUGUACUCCUGCACAUAUGGUAAAAAUUUAAAACUUUAGUGUGGUAAAUUGCACAUCUGCAUUUUUUAUACCCACAUGUGUUGUUUGACUAUAGAAAAUGCAUACAGUACUUAACAACCAGCAUAAAUAACCACUUUUAUAGUACCCACUUUUGCUAUGCAACAUAAAUGUUAAAGUAGUUUGCUGUCAUUUUAAAGAAUCAACACCAAUGAG